AUGGAAGGUAGAUUGCUGUUCCUGCCCGAGCACUGGAACCUAAGCGUUAGGCCCUGGCAAUGUGUGGAGAUCAGACUAGACUCGCAGGAAGAAGAUACUGACUCAGACUCCGAAUAUGGUAGCUUGCACCCACCUGGUCGUUUUGGAGUGCCUCUAUCGCCUCCAAUUACUGCGGCUAAGCAGAAAACGGCCGAUGCACAGGCUACAAUGGAUUCGGCAAUGAUAGUAGUGAAGUACCGGAUCGAUUUCCACUCCAAAUCGCAAUACACUGGAGAACCGGAAAACUUCCUGUACAGCAAAACUUGGGACGCACCUGUAGUGAUUCAAAGUUCAAAUCUGAAUGGCGAGUCUGACCAUGUCCUUGAGGAAAUCCAUCACAUUAUCUUAGGAAAGUCGACAGGUGCCAAGAAGAAAGACGGUGGUAAUAUUUCCGAUUCAAGCCUUAUUCUGGGUCCUGGCGAUACUGUCCAACCAAAGAGGCUCCACAUCAGGUCCUCGCUCCUGCUCAACGCCUUACGAUCCCUUAUCAAAUACUCGUCGAAUGAUACUGAACCGCUAGUAGACGGUAUGUUUGCAUUCCCGUUCAAGGAGCUCUAUCACCACCGGGCAGAAUUACUUGAGUAUCAAAACGGUUCAAGCAGCGCGCGAGCGAACCACACUUUGGAAGACAAUGACAAAUGCGACCGUCAUAUUAGCGUCUUACUCGACUACCUGGACAAAGAACCUACUGUACAGCUUCAGUCAGUCAAGAACCUGUGGGCCCAAAAAGUGCCUACUACGACGUUUGCGGGUUUAUGGCUACUAUUGAAGCCUGGAUCUGACGUCUACAUCACAGAAUAUGGACAACUGAAUGCUUGUGUGUUGGAACUGGUAUGCGGUGGAAUGGAUUACAGUUCGCGGACGGUGAGAGCAAGUGACUACGAAAUUAAUGUGUGGUACCUUGUCUUCGACGGCAAGGUCAUCAAGAGGAAGUCAAAGGUCAUAAGCGUACCUGUGUUUGAUGGAGAACGCGAAAUAAUGUCCUUGCCCAUCUUUCCGACAUAUUUCCGGGACCAGCUGGAUGGGGGUAGUCUACGGCAUACGCUGAUCGAGAGAGGAGAGAAGUUCUUUUGCUAUGCGAAAGGGCCUACUUUUCUGGAAUACUCGGGGUCAGGAUUGAAACAGGGCACAAAAAAGGGAGCCACUAUAUCUCUCACUUUCAGCGACUACGAUACCCUUGAUCCCAGUCAGGUAAAAGGAUUAUCCGAGCAUCAGGCACUAUUGUGCAUGUCACACAUGUUCGGAUUCAUUCUCAAGGAUCGAACAUACGACAUUCUCGAUGUAAACAGUCUAAGAGAGCCCACUCUUGCAGAAAAUGCAAUCGACGAGCUCGUUAUGCGCCCAGAGAAGAACAAAGAGAUGAUUAAAGCCAUCGUCAAAACAUACACCGAUAGCGAUAGCCAAGCCGAGCUCAUGGGUGUUGACUUCAUACGCGGAAAGGGUGAAGGUCAAAUAUUUCUCUUGCAUGGACCACCGGGGACUGGAAAGACACUCACAGCUGAAUCUGUCGCAGAAUACACAAAACGACCGCUGCUUAGUAUAACGGCAGCUGAUCUGGGGCACGAACCUAUCGAACUAGAGCGAAACCUUCUACGGUUUUUCAAGAACGCGGCAGCCUGGGAUGCAAUAGUGUUGUUAGAUGAAGCAGACAUCUAUCUCGCGCAACGGUCUUCCGAGGAUCUAAGACGUAACGGCAUCGUUUCCAUCUUCCUGCGUGCGCUCGAUUACUUUGAAGGAAUCAUAUUCUUCACAACAAAUCGGGUUGGACACUUUGAUGAAGCAUUCAUGUCACGAAUACAUGUGGCUAUCGGCUACGAGCCGUUAGACGAUCAAGCUCGAGAACAAAUCUGGGAUUCCUUCUUCAGACGACUCAAAGAAAACCAUAGGGAUGGAGGACCGAGGAUCGACUACGACUACGACGCUAAGCAAUACGUACGAAAAAGCGAAGAGGUCAAAAGUCUCCACUGGAACGGGCGAGAGAUACGGAACGCUUUCCAGACCGCUGUUGCUCUCGCAAUCGCUGCCUCAAAAACAGCAAAGCAAAAGGGUCGCCCGGAGGCGGAAUGCGUCCCCCAACUUACAGAAGCGCACUUGAGUCAAGUAGUGCAAUUGUCUGCGGCUUUCAAGGCGUACAACAAGGCAGUGCACGAGGGUUUGACUGAAGCAGACUUAACGUAUAGGCUUGGGAAUCGUUACGAUCAACCUGAUCGCAACGAACAUUAG